AUGGCUGAGAUUUCAGCGGCAACUGUUAAACAACUUCGUCAGCAGACUGGGCUGCCCAUGAUGGAGUGCAAGCGGGCACUCCAGAACUCCGGUGGUGACAUCGAGGCCGCCGUGGAAGAGCUGCGCAAGCAGGGCAAAAAGACCAUGGCCAAGCGGGCCGACCGAGAGACUUCCUCGGGCCGGAUGGCCAUUUCGGCCUCGGUCGAGAAGGGCACCGGAGCCAUGAUCGAGCUGCAAUGCGAAAGCGCCUCGGUGAUGGUCAACGAGGAAUUCGUCCAACUCGCGAACGAUCUGGCCCAACAAUUGGCCGAGGGGCCCGGGGUCUCUACGCCGGAAGAACUACUCAAGCAGCCCUCACCCAGCAAGAAGGGCGAGGCCCUGCAGGAUCAGUUGGAAGAGUUGCAGAAUCGUAUUCGCGAGGUGUUCCGCCUGACUCGAAUUGUGCGUCUCGACGGGCCCUGCGGCGGUUAUGCCCAUCACACCGGCGAAUACGGUGUGCUGACCCAAGUCGAGGGUGGCGACCAGCAGACGGCCAACGAUGUGAGCAUGCACGUGGCCGCCAUGCGACCGAAGGUCGUGGCCAUCGAAGACCUGGAUCCCGCAGACGUGAAGAAAGAGCGAGAGAUCCUCAGCGAGGCCGCUCGUGCCGAAGGCAAGCCCGAGAACAUCAUCGAGAAGAUGGUCGACGGUCGGAUGCGUACCUACUACGAAGCUCAAGUCCUCAACGAGCAGCCGUUCGUGAAGGAUGACAAGCAGACUGUGAGCAAGUACGCUGCCGCCCAAGGUGCAAAGAUCGUGAAGUUUGUGCUGUGGCGUCUGGGCGAAGGUUGCCGUCGCUCGUUACUCGCGAUUCGUGUCCCUUCGAGAAGGAUCAAACGCAUGACGCCUGCCGACUCCAGUGAACCGAAAUCGGGAAGUUCCCGACAUGCCUUCAAGCGUGUCGUGCUGAAGAUUUCUGGCGAGAGCCUCAGUCACGGGGGCGAGCGCGGCAUCAGUAUGAGCGACUUGGUCCACAUUGCCGAGGAGACCAAGCAGGCAGCCCUCUCGGGGACCGAAAUUGCGAUCGUCAUCGGCGGCGGGAACAUCCUCCGCGGGGCCCAGUUCAGCUCGGGCCAGUCUCGGGUACAGGAGGCCACGGCCCAUUACAUGGGGAUGUUGGCCACGGUAAUCAACGGGCUGGCCCUGCAAGACGCCCUGGAGUCGAUCGGCUGCGAAACUCGCCUGCAGACGGCGAUUCGCAUGGAGGGGGUCGCCGAGCCCUACAUCCGCCGUCGGGCUCGUCGCCACCUGGAGAAGGGCCGGAUUGUGAUCCUCGCAGCCGGUACCGGUAGUCCUUUCGUUACGACCGAUACGGCCGCCGCCCAACGGGCCCUGGAACUGGGGGCCGACAUUCUGUUGAAGGCCACGCGAGUGGACGGCGUUUACAGCGACGACCCUGAGAAGAACCCCCACGCCGUGCUGUAUGACGAGUUGAGCUAUAAUGAGGUUCGGCAGCAGAAUUUGCGCGUCAUGGAUUCGACCGCGAUUGCCCAGUGCAUGGAGCACGACAUGCCGAUCCUCGUGUUCAACUUUCGCAAGUCGGGCAACAUCGCGCGAGCGGUGCGGGGCGAACGCGUAGGAACGAUGAUUGGAAGCGAAGAGGUCGGAGUCGAAAUCAUGAGUCGUGACGAGAUCCUGCUCGAUGUCGAAGAGCGGAUGGAAAAAGCCGUCGACCACCUGAAGCACUCGCUCAGCGGUAUCCGCACCGGUCGGGCCAACCCCGGUCUGGUCGAUUCGCUUCGGGUCGAGGUCUACGGUUCCGAAACGCCCAUCAAGCAGCUCGCCACGAUUGGUGUUCCCGAGCCGAAUCAGAUUCUGAUUCGUCCUUACGAUCCCAGCACGAUCAAGGACAUUGAGAAAUCCAUUCAGGCCAGCGAGUUGGGGUUCAAUCCUCAGAAUGACGGCAAAGUGAUCCGAUUGAUCAUCCCGCCGCUUUCCACCGAAGUGCGGCGAAAGAUGGUGAGCCGCAUCAAGGAGCUUAGCGAAGAAGCCAAAGUCUCGGUGCGAAAUAUUCGCCGCGAAGGCAACAAGCUGGCCGACCAGGCCCAAAAAGACAAAACGCUCACCGAAGACGAACGCGACCAAUUGAAGGACGAGAUCCAAGAACUCACGAAGAAGUACGAAGGGCAAGCCAACGACAUGGCUAAAGCCCGUGAGACCGAGGUCAUGGAAGAUUAG